CGGAAGCGGCCCGCAGCCCCGCCAUCGACUCCCCGCGCGCAGGCCCGCGGGGAGGGGCGGCCUGCCGCAGGGCCCACCCCGGGGCGUUACUGAAGGGCGCCCUCGGCCGCCCCCACCGCCCCCCAGAUGUACUAUGCGCUUUCCCAGGCGCGCGUGAACGCGGCCCCCGCGACCAUGCUGCGGCCACAGCGGCCCGGAGACGUGCAGCUCGGGGCCUCCCUGUACGAGCUGGUGGGCUACCGGCAGCCGCCUUCCUCCUCCUCCUCCUCCACGUCCUCCUCCUCCACGACGGCCCCCGUCCUCCCCAAGGCGGCGCGCGAGAAGCCGGAGGCGCCGGCCGAGCAGCUGGGUAGCGGAACGGGGCCCGGCGCGCACGCGGGCGGCGGCUCCCGGGCGGACGCCAAAGAGGAGCAGCAACAGCAGCUGCGGCGCAAGAUCAACAGCCGCGAGCGGAAGCGCAUGCAGGACCUGAACCUGGCCAUGGACGCGCUGCGCGAGGUCAUCCUGCCCUACUCGGCGGCGCACUGCCAGGGCGCGCCUGGCCGCAAGCUUUCCAAGAUCGCCACGCUGCUGCUCGCCCGCAACUAUAUCCUGCUGCUGGGUAGCUCGCUGCAGGAGCUGCGCCGCGCGCUGGGCGAGGGCGCCGGGCCCGCGGCGCCGCGCCUGCUGCUGGCCGGCCUGCCCCUGCUGGCCGCCGCGCCCGGCUCGGUGCUGCUGGCGCCCGGCGCCGUGGGGCCUCCCGACGCGCUGCGCCCGGCCAAGUACCUGUCGCUGGCGCUGGACGAGCCGCCGUGCGGCCAGUUCGCGCUCCCCGGCGGCGGCGCGGGCGGCGGCGCGGCCGGCCCGGGCCUCUGCACCUGCGCGGUCUGCAAGUUCCCGCACCUCGUCCCCGCCGGCCUGGGCCUGGCCGCCGUGCAGGCACAGUUUUCCAAGUGAGGGCCCGCCCGGGCCCGGGGCGCUACCUCGGCCCGGCGUCCUGCCGCCCCGCUUCUCCGCGCCCCCGCGCCCCGCACCCGGGGACAGCCGGGCGGGGCACGGAGGACACUUCCAACCUUCUCGCCCAGAGGAUGGGACUGUGGGGCGCCCCCUUCCCCGCCCCCACCCUGGGGAAAUGAAAGUGACGCGAGCGGGUGUUCGACGGAGCGUCGGGGCCGUUUGGGGUUCUGAGUGGAUUCCAGCUUCUUUGGGCAGCAGGGGCGCGCCCCCAACCCCACUCUUGCCCAGCGUCGGUCUCCCCCGGUCUGGGAGUCGUGCGCUAGGUGGGGGGUGGCGCGGAUUUUCAGGCACAGCGCGGCUUGCUCUGGGUGAGUCAGGAGGCCGGUCCCAGCGCCAAGGCUCAAAGAGGCGACACCUGCCAAGUCAGGGGACCGAGUGGCCGCUCUCCGAGGGCAGGGAAAGAGUUCUUUUCCUUCUCCCCAACCGGAGGCCACAGGCACCCUGGUUCCCACCAGCCAAGGCCUGUCAGAGAAGGCUGCCCGACCUCAGGAAGCCGAGAAUAACCAAUUAGUCCGCGCAGACGGUCCCGGGCUUAGCAGAAGGACUGACCCUCGGCGGCGGCCGGACGGUUGGCCUCGCGGUGCAGCGGGAGGCGGCGAUGAUAACGCCAGGGUCGUUGGGGGUGCUGGGCUGGGCAGUCGGUCCGCUUUUGUACCCUGACUGUUAGAGUGCGAUUUUUGAGAAUCGCGUAACCAGGGGUUUUGUUGCGGAGAUUACUCGCUCUUAAAUCCUGGGAUCUUCUUUAAAAGGCCGUUUAGGACUUGAGAUUCACCAGUUUGUUUCCCCUUCCCCAAAGGUAGCGUAACCAACCUUUGCGCUUGCUUAAAAACAAAAACCAAGCACGUUUGACGCAGGCGGCGGUCUCUAAAUAGGUCUAAUAUAGGUAACAAGGCCCUUCGCAGUCGCCCGCCCGUCUUGUCCGAAAGCACGAUCGCUAAUUAACGUUCUCAUUUCAAGACGCGGGAGGAGGAUCUGACCCCCCAACAGGCGGCGGCUUGGCGGGUCCCCGCUGCGGUGGCGGCGAUGGCGGGAUGGCGCUUUCUGGGCUGCCCCUUUGCGUGAGGGGUCCUUGAAAAGCGCUCUGGGCAGGCCUUCUCGCAGCUUUACAGUUGAAACACUGCAUAGAUGACCCGUCUUGAUUUGUUACAGACGUUAACAAAUUAUUGCACCCAAGAUUAUUUUACGAUCUUUCAGCAGCUUGCUUUGAAUUCUGUGUUUAAGGUUUUGGUUGUUGGUAGUAGCCGAAUUUAACUGGCAUUUUAUUUUAUCUCUAACGUUGUUUUCUUGCUCUGUGAAGAAUCCACAAAAUAAAAUGUUUAAAGACCUUA